UCCAUUCCUCUUUCUUUUCUAGGGUUUAUGCUCUGCACCUUCGCGCCAUUCCCAAUCUGAAAAAAAAACAUCAAUUUCAAACCCUAAUUUUGAAAUUUAACAAAGCAAAAUACUAAUUCUGGAUUCAACAAACCUGAGCACCACCGCUGCCACCAUUAUAAGCAAUGUCAGCACAACACCCCCAACAACAACCAGUAGAGGUGGCGGAGGAUAUGAACAACAACAACAUCACAGCCGUCACUUGUUCCUUAACAUCUAGUUUCGGUUUAGUUCCUUCAGAAGCAAUUCCAGCAAUUAUUGAUUGUAUUUUAACUUCAUCAUCAACUUCGAUUUCUACUUUGUCUCUCUUCAAUUCACUUCUCAACUCGUUCUCUCUUUUCACUAAGGGCAUUGCGGAGGAAGAAGAGGGAGUGGAUUCGAGUCAGUAUAGUUAUAUCACAUCCUUCGUAGCUGCACUUUGCCACCUUGUCAAGAAGUCUGGCAAUGCCAAUGUGUUGCAAACAUUUAUCUGGAGAGGCUUUCUUCCGGUGCUUAAAAUCAUAAAUGAAAAUGACCAUGAACUACUCAACGCGAUUACAGGACUGCUAUGCAGCGUUGUGAUUGAGAGUAAUUCAUGGACAGUCAUAGAAAUGACAUUGGUACCUUCCUGUUUUAUGUCAAUCCGUCUCUCUGCAACCAUGCUUGAAAAUGACGAAUCAGUAGUGAAUGAAAGAAACAGUCACUCAUCUUUUAAAGGGUCAAAUGGCAAGCUAAGUCUUUCCGACGUACUUACUGAGCCUCUGCCAGCUCAGCCUGUAUCUUUGUCCAAGGCUAUCACAUGUCAUAUUUUGACUUCAUUGCUCACUGCUUCCCUGAGAUCUAAUCAAUUAAAGACGGAGAGUACAGUGGAACCAGUGGGGGAGAAUGGUUGUUAUGCAGUAGAUUUUGCGAUGAAGUUACAUUCAGAUCUCUGUGAUAUGACAGUGCGAAUGCUUUCUCAAACGCCCGAACACCGAUCCUGCGCUAUUCGAUUUCUCCUGCCGGUCAUUUUUAUGGCAUUUCCUUCGACUUGUUCCGUUAAAAUCUCUGAGCAUGGGCAUAAACCUGUGGAUUCCAGGAUGCAUUUCUUGGCAAAAAUCUGGAAAUGCUGCCGAAAAAUGUUCUCUCUUGGACCUCUUGGGAGGAAAGACGCAUAUAGUGUACUGUCCUUGUACUUAUCUCAUGCCAAAGGAUUUGAAGUUGAUGUUGUAGAUAACGGGAUUGAUGAAUUCGAUAUAAGAGCUGAAAUUUUUUUUUGGGAUGAAAUAAAGCAAGGCUUGGUUGAUAAGGAGGGCUUUGUGAGAAAACAGUCAUUACAUAUACUGAAAGCAGCAGUUUGGCGAAGUGGAGGGAGCCAAUGCUGCACUGGUGUUUCUGAGACAACUUUGGACGAAAGUAGUGCAAAUGCUACCACAAAGAGGGGGCAGUGGGCAGAAAAGGAGGCCAAGUCAAUGGGAGUUGGGCAAAUAUGCAAGCCAGAUGAUACAUGUUUGAGUGGUCAGCAGCGAUGGGAAGCAUUCAUACUGCUGUACGAGAUGCUUGAAGAGUACGGUACUCACUUAGUUGAAGCUGCAUGGAAUCACCAGAUUUCACUGUUGCUUACAUUUGCUUCGGAAAUCGAUUCUUCUACACAUCCUGCUAUUGAAGUGCAUCAAAUGCAGUUGGAAACUGUUCAAGGAACUUUUCGCUGGUUGUCGGUUCUAUGGGAGCGAGGCCUCUGUCACGAAAAUCCUCAGGUUAGGUGCUUAAUUAUGCAGUCUAUUUUGGGGAUUGACUGGAGGAAUCUUGGAAAUUGUGCAAAAGUAGUGGCUCAAAGUUUUGUACUUGGUUCUUUCAUGCAAGGGUUGAAUGAUCCUGUUCAUCACAGAGAUUUUGGUUCCAAAGGAGUGUACAUUUCGCAAACAAUUGAAGGCGCAACAAAUUUCCUGCACCACUUCUGUAGUUACUUCACAGAGAGAGAGAGGAUAGCAUUUCUGAGCAGUUUGGCGUCCCUUGUUAAGCGAGAGUCAUUUGGGCGAGCUGGAUUGAUGGCUCUUUCUUUCUGCAUUGCUUCAUCUGCUCGUGGAUCUGAAACACAUGAUAUGGAUUCAUCACUAUCUGCUGACGGAAGUUCCUUAGGCAAUGACAAAUCAUUAUUAUUGGAUAUUCUGAGACUCGUCGUUGAGAGCAGCAAACAACACUUCAAUCCAAAUUAUCGUCUUCAAGUUUGUGAGAAAGUCUUAGAAGCUGCCUCUUCUGUGAUGUGUACCUCGGACGUGCCUGUUGAAACUCUUAUGCACUUCAUUGCUAAAGUGCCAAGGGAAUUCACUGAUUUUGGUGGUUCCUUAAGAGAAAAAGUGAAAAAAUGGUUGUCUAAAUGCGAGAAGAAAAACUGGCAAUCUGACUCCAAAACUAAACUCCACGUUUUGGAGAGUCUUUAUGAUUUCCCUCAAAAGUUUGUGCUGAAUCACAGUUUGCCUGAGGCAUCUGUCGAUUACGAUGAUGAAGAUUUGGAGGCAUGGGGAUUUGAAGCCCAAAGAUGGGGAAGGCUGCUUUUCCUCAAUAUUACAGAGGAACUGCAAUUGGAACCUUUGGUCAAGUUUCUCCAGGACUACGAAGUUCGUAUCUUAAGACAGAACAACCAUAUAAAACGGGUUUCAGCGAAGUUUCUUAUCUUUCUUCUAAGUUUGAUCCAAGAGCUCUCAAUCAUACAAGGGAAAUGUACUAAUUCAAUAGGUAGUCACGUGAAGGUUGCCAUGGUAGAAAACUCAGAUCUAUCAAGUGAAAGAGAAGCUUCCGUUCCAUUUGAGAAGUUUUACAGUCAUUUUACGCGUAUAUUGGAGGAGCUUGUGCUGUUCGCCACAUCAUCAUGUUCCAUAUUCUGGGCCAAGCCUAUGGCAGGUGAUGAGAUUUUAUCUUGUGCUGUUACAGGAAAGCUUGGUGGCCCAAGUCGACGGCGGUUGUCUUCUUCUAUGGCAACAGCCAUAUUGAACGCUAUACUAUCGAUGAGAACUAUAGCAUAUAUCUCAUCAUGGUGUGCACAUUUAAAAGAUGAUAACAUGCUUGAUUCAGCAUUUGCUUUCUUGUGGAAUUUCUCUUGGAAGGUUAUCUUAUCUCCCACUUUUGACACAGAGGCUGGAGCAGAAGUUCGCCUAGCAGCUUAUGAAGCACUGGCUCCUGUCUUGAAAGCAAUGAAUUCUGCUAGAUCUCCGCUGGUUUUGGACUUGAUAUUGGCCGAUGACCAAGUGCUACCAAAAGUAGAAGGCAAACCCCUGUUAGAUUCUUUUGUUCUUAGUUUUCUUCAGAACAUCAAUGAUGUUAUCUCAGUUGGGGCUCUAACGCGAAGUCGACGUGCAGUUUUAAUGAAUUGGAAGUGGCUUUGUUUGGUCUCACUGUUGUCAAUUCCAUUUUCUGUCCCUGAAAAUGGAGUUCAUACAGAAGGAACUACAGCAUUCUUUUCCGGUUCGGCUAUAAAGAGUAUUUUCGUUGAUCUUGUUGAGAACCUUGAAAAUGCCGGGGAAAGUUCUGUUUUGCCCAUAUUAAGAUCCGUCAGAUUGGUUUUGGGGCUGUUCACUUCAGGAACGAUGGUCUCAGAAGUUUCCGCUAACAAUAUCUUAGAUGCUGAGAUGAUGUCAAAAUUGAUGCGUUCAUCUUGGAUAUUUCAUGUCAGCUGCAAGAAACGUAGGGUUGCACAUAUUGCUGCCCUUCUAUCUUCUGUAGUGCACCCUGCUAUAUUUAGUGAUGAGGCCAUGCAUGAAACUGCUGACGGCAUUCAAGGUCCGUUGAAAUUGUUUGUUGAACAAAUUCUUGAAGAAGGCACAAAAAGUCCCCGCACUAUUCGUCUUGCAGCUUUGCACUUAACUGGGUUGUGGCUAUCGAAUCCAAAAAUAAUCAAGUAUUACAUCCAAGAGCUGAAGCUUCUAUCUCUAUAUGGAUCUGUGGCUUUUGAUGAGGAUUUUGAGGCGGAAUUAGCUGAAAGUCAUGAUGCUAGAAUGGAAGUCUCGCUGCUGGCUAAAAGCCCAGAUCCGGAACUGACUGAAGCAUAUAUCAACACAGAGCUGUAUGCACGUGUAUCUGUUGCAGUUCUCUUUCACAAGCUGGCGGACAUGUGUACAAUAGAAGAGAGUGAAAAUUGCAGUGCUGCACUCCAGUCUGGAAAGUUGUUUCUGUUAGACCUCCUUGACACUGCGGUUAAUGACAAAGACCUCUCAAAAGAACUGUAUAAGAAGUAUAGUGCUAUCCACAGGAGAAAAGUCCGUUGUUGGCAAAUGAUAUGUAUAUUAUCCCGAUUUGUUCGUGAGGAUGUGGUUAAGCAAGUUACAUCUAACCUGCACCUGUGCCUAUAUAGGAGCAACUUGCCAGCUGUUCGGCAGUACUUGGAGACUUUUGCAAUUCAAGUUUACUUGAAAUUUCCAUCACUGGUUGCUGACGAAUUAGGUCCUAUUUUUCGAGACACUAACAUGAGGCCUCAGGCACUCUCUUCAUAUGUUUUCAUUGCAACCAAUGUUAUCCUUCAUACAACUGAGGAGCACGUGCGGUACCAACACUUAAAUCAGUUACUUCCACCAAUGAUUCCGUUAUUAACAUCGCACCACCACAGUUUACGUGGUUUUACUCAGUUGUUAGUUUACCAAGUUGUAUUCAAGAUGGUUACACCUUUAGAUUCUGACACUUCUGAAUCUGCGCCCUUAGAGAGACGGUGUUUUGAGAACUUGAAAUUGUAUUUGGCGGAAAAUACCGACUGUGUUAGGUUGAGGGAAUCGAUGGAAGGAUUUCUUGAUGCAUUUCAUCCCAUAACAUCUUCUGCUCCUUCAGGAAUAUUUUCUAUUAGGAGCAAGGAACUUGAGUUCGAAUGCGUGCCACCAUCGCUCUUGGAGAAAGUGAUCACAUUUUUAAACGAUGUAAGGGAAGACUUACGGAGUUCUAUGGCAAAAGAUGCGGCUAUGAUCAAGAAUGAAAGCUUAGUAACUGUGGAAAAUGUUAACGACACUCAGGUUUCUAGAGACAUGUCGCUGGAUUUCCAAAAGAAGAUUAGUCUCUCCGAAAAUGAGAGACGGGAUUCUCAUCUUAACUCAUUUUUAGAGAUGGAGAAGGAAGAUGAGCUUCUAAAUGAAGUUCUACAAUCAAGAAUUGCAGCUUCGGAAAGGAUAAAAGCAAGUCGACAGGAGUGUAUCGUUGUUGCAUCACUAAUUGAUCGCAUACCUAAUCUUGCAGGGUUGGCCCGGACCUGUGAGGUAUUUAAAGCAGCUAGUUUAGCAGUUGCUGAUGUUAGUGUUGUAAACGAUAAACAGUUCCAACUCAUCAGUGUGACUGCUGAGAAGUGGGUACCAAUCAUCGAGGUCCCAGUCAGCAGCCUCAAAGUGUACUUAGAGAAGAAGAAGAAAGAGGGUUUCUCUAUCUUGGGUUUAGAACAAACUGCCAAUAGUUUGGCCCUUGAUCAGUAUACGUUCCCCAAGAAGAUGGUGCUGGUUCUUGGUCGUGAAAAGGAAGGUAUACCUGUGGAUAUAAUCCAUGUUUUAGAUGGUUGUAUUGAGAUUCCACAGCUGGGAGUUGUCAGGUCUCUCAAUGUUCAUGUGAGUGGAGCAAUUGCUUUAUGGGAGUAUACUAGACAACAGCGAUCUCAAUCCUCGUCCUCCUGAUCCAUAUCAGAAAUUUAUUUCGGAUGCGUUACCUCCAUAUUGUAACACAGGUAUUAUAGUGUAGCGAGAUUAGAGAAAAGAAGUUUUGUUUGCCUAUAGGAGCCCGUAAUGUUUAACGACGUCAAAAUUCAUUCAUAAUUCAUAUGUAUGCCAAUGUGAUAUAUUCAUCACAUAUUAUGCACCCGUCACGUGCGAUAUG